AGCACGGAGUUGCUUGAAAUGUUGCAACCGUUCAAAGCAAUCAAAUAUUACGUCUAACGCUCCUGCUUUAUCACCCGAAGAGAUACCGCUUCAGGAGCUCCCUAGAAGCAUGAGAAAUCUGAGGGCGGAAACCCGCAGAAACAUAGUAAAAAUUAAGCUAAGGAUGAAACACUAAUGCUCGCUUUUCCUUCUAGAGAUAAGAGAUAAGAAAAAACCUCACGAAAGAUAACAUGACGUGGCAAGAAACAGCUCAAACGUGGGUCAAUUCAAACCUCUACAUGCGUGGUCUUAACACAAAACCAGCGGACACUCAGUUUCUUAUUGAAAAUUUUCAUCAUUGGGAGCAGUCCUAUGCCGAACUCAAAGAAGGUCUGAGGCUUGCGUCCAUCUUGUCAAUCGAUACCGAAAAUCAUCAAGACAAAAGUCUCAGCACAAUCCUCAUUGGAGUGGUUACGGGACACUCAUGGAUCCUGGGAAUUUCCGAGCUGAAAAAUAGCAACGGCAACCAGGCGUAUUUCGUAGCAUAUUACCACCCACUCUAACAAUGAUAUUAGAGGAUGUCAAUGUGACGAAAGUGGGGUCUGAUCUCGCUAAAGACAUCAGAGAAGAUUGGGAAAAAUGGGGAUUCACGUCAACAGGGUCAUUGAUACACAACGCCUCAUGAAAAAUGAUCAAGACCAGCACCAUAUCUUCCCAAACGACCCAAAUCCGACAAGGUUUGGUCUUGGACACGUCAGUCAGCUCUUGUUCGGUUCUAAUUACAAACCCUUCACAUUGGGAGAACGGAAACAAAUACAACACCGAGUCCCGACCCACCUAUCUCACCAUCUUUACGAGUGGCCAAAGUCAAUUCGGAAAUUCGAACGAUUUUGUUUGAGUUACCUGGUGAAUGAUGCCGUCAUGCCACUGGCCCUUAUCCUGACCUGGAUCACCUCCAUCAACCCUUUUGCAACAACCACCAACUCAGCAAUAAACCAGUUACGAGAACAAUAUCUUGUUCCUGUAGCACAGGAGCCCAGUCUGCCCCCUGCACGUUAUUUUACUCCAGAAGAAAUGGAUGAUGAGGAAGAUGAAUUCGUGAAUACACUAAAUGAAAUAAGAUUAAUCCUUGCGGACAUCAACCCCCAUCCAGUCCCUAAGACCCCGGGUGUCAAUAUGGACUGGGACGAUCAAAUGCUGAACCUCAAUGACUUGUUGCACCAACCCGUCCCAAAACCUACCAUUGAGGGAUUACCCGACGCCAUGAUCCAGCCUUCGCAAAAAGCAUCAAGAAGAAGAUCAACAAAGAAAUUGCACUUCUUUGCCAAUCCCCGAAAGAACCCUUCUUACCGUAUCCCAAGAGCCUUAAAACACGAGGUCGUGUGGAAAAAUGCUUGCUUUGCUUGUGCAAGUCAACAUCACACUAUUGCAACGUGCCAACAUCUGAGCAACAAGACCUCCUGUGGAUAUGAGUUUUGCAAAAAAGCACUCCCGCAUGUGAUACUGGGAUGUCAAACCUUAAAUUCACGAUGCGGGUUGUGUAAGUGCCGAGGGCAUCAUCGAUCCCAGUGCAAAACCCACACUACAGAACAUUUCUUUUGGGUGUUUCAGAAGGCAGCCGUGUUUGGUCGAUUCACCAGAAAGCAGUUCUACGAUGCGGCUUGAGGAUUUUUUCCAUGGUGGGAUAAUUGUAGGACUAAUAACGUGAUUCCUAUUUGUGCAAAAGACAUUUACAAACCGCUAACUUUCCGGCAGAAACGGUCCCGUGUGCAACGGAUUCAACGCGUCAAACCACAAAAAAAUGAGGUCCCAAUGUAUGUAUAAAUGUUUGUAACGACCUGAUCUCGACACAAUUUGGAUACCUAGGUUCUAUCUAUCGUAAAGUAGACACAUAGCAAAGGCCCAUGGGAAACAAGUUGGUUGGCUUGAUACUCAAAGCCAACGGCGGGGAGUGUUAUGUGUUGUGCACUGUUCUCUGUACUUGGCGAAAUUUGGGAAACAGACAACUUGAAUGCUCGGGGGUAUGUUUGAUAUAUCUGGGAAAUCUUCUGAAACUAGAAAACUUACGUAAUCAGCGGUGGUCAUGGAUCUAGACCCAUGAAUACGAACAGUCAAAAGUAUCUUAUAAACCCGUUUGUAACUUAAAGCAACAACUUGCAGCUUGGCAACUGAUCGAGAUCUAGCAACCAGGCCCAUCACACGUAAGCAUUCUGGAAAAGGGGCAGUGACUCCCCAUCGUACUGGAUAUUUCUGGUGCAAAACUCUGUAUUCACGGGCCCCCUUCCCUCUAGAACAUCAACCUCGGGUAUAAAAAGCCGUCCCCCAGAGCAAAGAAAGUGAGUUGAUAUGAUGAAGUGAAACGUAAUACAAGUUUAUACUUCAUUCUGGCUCCACUUUGGAGCAAGUGAAACUACUUCGACUUUAACACAAGACAGAAAGUCUUCUUGUGUUGAAGUGUAAAAUUACGAACUUGUUUAACGUUUUUCGGAAUUGCGAUAAUUUGAUCAAAGGUGCAUAGUACAUAGUGCCUAAAGUGGAGAUUCUUUGGCGGAAACGCUGAUAGGACUCGAUGCUGGGAAGCCCAGGAGUACAAGCCGUGGAUUCCCUAUUUGAUGACCAAGCUUGAGGGCGACUUGUUUACCUUUUAUGCGCACGGUUGAUACUCUAUGCAUAAUUGAGAAACGACGCGGGACGUUUCUGUGACACAGCCAGACUCAAGUUCAGGUGUACCAAUUCAUGCCCCCAAUACAUGUACAUUUGCAAUCAUCCUCACGACUUGGUCAAGCAAAGGUAGAAAAGUAAACAGUCGAGAUAAGGUAAGAUCCUAAUUCAUGUCUUGCAUUGUAUAAUACUGUACUUACACAAGAAAUACAAUUAAUGGUGAAACAGUAUAUAAAGAGUUUGUUGUUCUUCAUUCUUUGGGACCGUAGUGUUGGCUCUAAAAACCCCAUAACCAGAGAUCUUUAGAUAGGUCUAAACGACUUAAGCCCUAGCAAAAUAGGUGCUCUCUUUGAAGGGCGCUCUCUUGGCAGGUAACCUAUUGCUAGGGUCAGA